UUCCGAGAAACACAUGAUUGGAUUCUAAAUUCACAUUCACAUAAUAAAUAGCUUAAUUUUGUUGUGUACAGAAUCAAGAGAGAGAGAGAAAAAAAAUUGUCACAAAGAAGAGGUGAGUCUCCUAACUCCUAAUAAUCCGAUAAAACCAAAAACAUGCGAAAUAACUUCUCCGGCAGUCUCGCCGUUGCCGUUGCUCUCCUCUUUAUAGGCGUCCUAUAUAUCUUCAAUCUUCAAAACUAUGCCAACACUCUGAGAAGCACCGAGUAUCCGGUGGAUGAUCUAGAGGCUGCCCUGCGUAAGGCGGCGGCAGGAAACAACAAGACGGUGAUAAUAACGAUGGUGAACAAAGCGUACGUGGAGGACGUCGGGAGAGGUAGGACGAUGCUGGAUCUGUUUCUGGAGAGUUUUUGGGAAGGACAAGGGACUCGACCGCUUUUAGACCAUCUGAUGGUGGUGACAGCGGACCAAACGGCAUAUGAUCGCUGCCGUUUCAAGAGGCUUCACUGCUAUAAGAUGGAGACCGAUGGGCUUGACUUAGAGGAAGAGAAAAUAUUCAUGUCAAAGGGUUUCAUUGAGAUGAUGUGGCAGAGAACUCGCUUGCUUCUAGACGUUCUUCGCCGUGGCUACCAUGUUAUUUUCACGGACACGGACGUGAUGUGGUUAAGGAACCCUUUGUCGCAGCUAAACGUGAGCUUGGAUAUGCAAAUAAGCGUGGACAGUACUUUCAGGGGAGGACACCUAAUCAACACGGGAUUCUACCAUGUCCGGUCCAACAACAAGACCAUCUCCCUCUUCCGACAAUGGUACGACAUGAGACUCAACUCCACGGGGAUGAAGGAACAAGAUGUCCUCAAGAAUCUCCUAGACUCCGGUUACUUCGACCAGCUAGGGCUCAGUGUUGGCCUCCUUAACACCAACGAGUUCAGCGGUUUCUGCCAAGACAGCUCUGACAUGGGUGCUGUGACCACCGUCCAUGCCAACUGUUGCCGCCACAUCUCUGCCAAGGUUUUUGACCUCACUCGUGUUCUUCGUGAUUGGAAACGUUACAAAGCCUCCCAUGUCAACAGCAAAUGGAGUCCCCAUGUUAUGUGCGGGCGUUCAUGGAAUGACACCUAUAUCCCAAAUCUUUGAGUCUCUUAACCCUCUUCGUUUAUUAUAUACUUUAUUAUACACAAAUUAAUGAGAUUGCUGUAUUAAACUACCAUUUAGUGUAACUUUCAACCUUAGA